AUGCCGCCUGGCUCGGCGGCUGGUGCCGCCGGAAGGGCGGCAGCUGCCGCCUGUCGGUGGGGCGGUCAUGCCCCGCCUCAAUCGCUGGGCCGGGGGUGCCGCCUGGGAGCGCAGCAGGCUGCGCCCAGUCGGUGGGGCGGCAAGGCCCCAGCCCGGAUCUGGGCGGCAGGUGUCCGCCCGAGCUGGGCGGCAGGUGGCGCCCAGGGGUGGGGCCAGGCCCGCCUGCGCGGCGACCAGGCCCGCGCCGCCCUGGCGGGCAGGCCUCGCCGCGCGCGCUGGGCGGCAGCUGCCGCGCCGGGCGGCAGGCCCCGCCCGCACCGGCCGGGCGGCAGGCCUUCGCCGCCCGCCGGGCGCAGGCCCUCGCCCAGGCAGUGGGGCGGCAGGAUGCCGCCAUUCCCGGCGGCCGGCUUCCGCCCGUGGCCUGCGGCAAGGCGCCGCCGUGCCCGGCGGCCGGCGCCGCCUGUGGCCCGGUGGUGGACACCGUGCCUGCUCGGGGGCAUUUUUGGGGAAGUUCCGGACCGUCCGAAAAAAUAUUCGGGACCUGUUCCGCGAUCCUCGCCUGAUUCCGGACGUUUUAAGAUACAUAUUGACUAG